UUUAAAAUUUUUUUUUUUAUUGCAGGUUUGAAUGUUUAAUAAUUUUACAUUUAAUAUUUUAAUAUCUCAAAUAAUAAUCAAAUUAAUUAUAGAAAUAAGCAGAAUGAGAAUACCUAAUUACCACAUAUGAAAUCUAUUUAAAAAUCGGAAUUUGGAAUUAAGGCUUGUUGUAAAUUGGGAAUACUGAAAUGCACUCAAAAGGAGAGUCCAGUCAAGCAAAGGAUGACAUUGAUUUACUAGACGAAUUACUAAACAAAACUAACUGUGCCCACCUACAUUACAAAGUCCAAGACUGUAUAGCUAAAACAAAAGACUGGAGAAAGUGUCAAGCAGAAGUAAAAGAAUUUAAACUGUGUAUUGAGAAAAAUCAAAAACUUGCAAACAAAGACAAUGUUUGAUAUUUCCAAUCAUGAGUUCAUUACUCCAUUUGUUGUUGGUGUUUUGGUUGGCACGGGAGUUUCAUAUGGAUAUCGCAACAUUCGACCACUACUCUCUGGAUCAUUAAAUGCACUUUCUGUAAAUAAUAAACUUGUACUAGUGGUCAGAAAUGAUUUGGGAAUGACUAAGGGUAAAAUAGCAGCACAGUGUUCCCAUGCUUCUGUUGAAUGUUAUAAAGCGGCAAUGCAACACAAACCUCAAAUGGCAAAAAUGUGGCAAAUGACUGGACAAAGAAAGAUUGUAGUUAGUAUUGGCACUGGUGAAAAAGGUCUUCAAGAAUUGUCAAAGGUUGCGAAAUCCCACAAAGUGCUUUCUUGCAUUAUAUAUGACGCUGGAGCAACUCAAGUCAAAGCGGGAACACCUACUGUAAUAGGUAUUGGUCCAGCUAACUCUGAUGUUAUUGACCAAAUCACUGGUCACUUAAAACUAAUUUAAGUUGUAGAACUUCAAUAUAGCAUUUUAUUUUAAAAGUAUUGAUUUGCUUAUUAUUAAAUUACCUAUGAAUGUAAUUUUUCAUAUAUAUUUUUGUCAUUAGGUACAUUAGAAACACAGUGUAAUACUUUUUUAGUUGGUAGAAAUAUUUAAUAUAAUAUGUCUUAUAAUUUAAUGACUGAUAUCUGCAUUUUAAAAUCUAAUCAAAUUAAUUUAAAUAUGAUAUUAUUAUUAUAGUAAAAUGUUAUCAUUCAAAAUGUACUAUAAAACAUCA